AUGAUUACAUUUUAUUUGUGACUGUUGGACAUGAAGCGCUGGAGGAACAAGUGUCAACGUAUGCUGUAGUGAAAAAAACACAGCAGUUGGUCAGAGUGUGAAACGGAAACAUGACAGCUGUAAAUAGCGAGCAUUGAGUUUUAUGCUCAGAUCCUCUUCAGAUGCUCGGACUUCAGUUUGUCUCUUGCCAAACCAGAGCGACGCGUCACCAGUGUAGGACGUGAAGAUGGACCACGUUUUGCUCUGUGUGCUGGAUUUCCUGAUUCUCAGUUUUCUCUGCUGUGGAAACUCUCAAGUGGCAACAAAGUCAGUCCUGACUGUGUCUCCAUCAUGGCUGAGUCCUGGAGCUUCAGUGACUCUGAGCUGUGAGGUUAAACCUUCAUCUGCAGGAUGGAGGUUCUACUGGUAUAAAGUUGUUCCUGAUCUGUCACAGAACAACUACAGAUAUGAGCUGCUGCCUGGUAACAUCAGUGGGACUGUAGAGAACUCCUCCAUCAUUACUGGACAGAAACACACAGCAGGAUUUGCAUGUAGAGCUGGAAGAGGAAGUCCAGAGAUCUUCACUGAUUACAGUGGACCAAAGUUCAUCUGGUCUGCAGAUCCUCAUCCAGCAGCUUCUCUCUCAGUGAGUCCUGACAGAGAGCAACACUUCACCUCUGAGUCUGUGACUCUGAACUGUGGAGGAAACUCUACUGAGUGGAGAGUGAAGGAGUUUAUAAAAAACUAUGAUAAGUGGAGAGAGAUGGGGUUUGAAGAUUACUCUUAUGGGUUAAGUUUUUGGGAUGAAGAUGAUGAAAUGACCUCUGAACACCAGUUGUCAGAUUGCUCCAACUCGUGGAAAAUGACUGGUUCCUCAUGUACCAUUAACAUUCAAUGGUCCCAUAAAGCAGUGUACUGGUGUGAGUCUGUUUCAGGAGAGUUCAGCAAUGCAGUCAACAUCAGCAUAAAUGAGGCACCAGAUUCUGUCCUGACUGUGUCUCCAUCAUGGCCGAGUCCUGGAGCUUCAGUGACUCUGAGCUGUGAGGUUAAACCUUCAUCUGCAGGAUGGAGGUUCUACUGGUAUAAAGUUGUUCCUGAUCUGUCACAGAACAACUACAGAUAUGAGCUGCUGCCUGGUAGCUUCAAUGGGACUGUAGAGAACUCCUUCAUCAUUACUGGACAGAAACACACAGCAGGAUUUGCAUGUAGAGCUGGAAGAGGAAACCCAGAAUAUUUGACUGAUUCCAGUAAACCAACAUUUGUCUGGACCACAGAUCCUCAUCCAGCAGCUUCUCUCUCAGUGAGUCCUGACAGAGAGCAACACUUCACCUCUGAGUCUGUGACUCUGAACUGUGGAGGAAACUCUACUGAGUGGAGAGUGAAGCAGUUUAGAGAAAACUCUUAUGGGUUGAUAGGUUUUUGGGAUGAAGAUGAUGAAAUGACCUCUGAACACCAGAUGUCAGAUUGCUCCAACUUGUGGGAAAUGACUGGUUCCCCAUGUACCAUUAACAUUCACCGGUCCCAUAAAGCAGUGUACUGGUGUGAGUCUGUAUCAGGAGAGUUCAGCAAUGCAGUCAACAUCAGCAUAAAUGUUGCACCAGAUUCAGUCCUGACUGUGUCUCCAUCAUGGCCGAGUCCUGGAGCCUCAGUGACUCUGAGCUGUGAGGUUAAACCUUCAUCUGCAGGAUGGAGGUUCUACUGGUAUAAAGCUGUUCCUGAUCUGUCACAGAAAAACUACAGAUAUGAGCUGCUGCCUGGUAACAUCAGUGGGACUGUAGAGAACUCCUUCAUCAUUACUGGACAGAAACACACAGCAGGAUUUGCAUGUAGAGCUGGAAGAGGAAACCCAGAAUAUUUGACUGAUUACAGUGAACCAAAGUUCAUCUGGUCUGCAGAUCCUCAUCCAGCAGCUUCUCUCUCAGUGAGUCCUGACAGAGAGCAACACUUCACCUCUGAGUCUGUGACUCUGAACUGUGGAGGAAACUCUACUGAGUGGAGAGUGAUGGGGUUCACAGAAAUAACCAAAGUGUUAUUUGUAUCACAUUGCUCCAACUGGGGGAAAAUGACUGGAUCUUCAUGUACCAUUAACAGUCGCUGGUUCCAUAAAUCAGUGUACUGGUGUGAGUCUGGAUCAGGAGAGUUCAGCAAUGCAGUCAACAUCAGCAUAAAUGAUGAAGGUCUUCUCCUGGUGAGCCCCGUCCAUCCUGUGACUGAAGGAGCUUCUGUUACUCUGAGCUGCAGACUGAGAGGAGAAAACCAACUUUCUAAUGUGUUUUUCUAUCACAAUGACAAACUGAUCCAAAGUGACAGCAGAGGAGAGCUGAAUAUCUCUGCAGUGUCUCAGUCAGAUGAAGGUUUCUACAAGUGUGAACAUUCAGGAAAAGUUUCACCUCAGAGCUGGAUGGCAGUUAAAGCUGCCUCCAGACCUGGAAGCUCUUCUUUCCCUGUUCUGUUGCUCGUCGGAUCAGUGAUUGGAAUCAUCGUUCUGAUUCUCCUGCUGCUGAUUUGUUACGUCCAAAAGCCAAAAUGUUGUGGUUCAGAGCAGCCAGUCGGUCAGGAUGAACAUCUGCAUCAAGUUUACUCCUCUCUCCUACAUGGUGACCUUUGUGUCUAUGAAACAUUAAGAGACCUUGAAAACUCUGGAAAUGGGCAACUUGAUGAAUCAGAGAAGAUCUCUGACAAAGUUGAUGCAACUUCAGAAUGAAAAAGAAAAGUCCAUGGAAUGAAGUUCAUCAGAACCAUAACAGGAAAAUCUUGAUUUUUCUUAGUCAUGUUUAUUAUGUUUUGCAUUUGUUGUCAAUAUAGGGAACCAGAGUUUUCUGUAGCUUUACUGGCAUUUUUUAUUUGAUCUGAUAUACAAUCAAACGAAUCGUCCACAGCUGGUGCCUGAACUACCGAAGCCUUUUUAGAGCCUGACUGUAAUGGAGUGAUAGCGCCAUCCAGAGGACAGUAGUAAUAUGGCCGAUAGUCCAUGUAAUACAGCAAUAGUAAAUAAGGGCUAAUUGUAAACUGUGGUCAAAGUGUAACACAGAGUAUGUAUAUUCUGUGUAUAAUCUUCUUUUGUGCAAACUAUUUACUACUUAAAUUCUGUCCUACAACGAUCUAGUUCUGCCUACACUUUACACUCCAACAUUUUUCUUGCUCCUGUGUUUGAGCAUAAAAAGGGAAUCAAACAUUUAGUGUGACGGCUCCUACAGCAAGGAAUCAGCUCCAGUUUGUGUCAUUGCUUUAACUGUUUUGUAUUUUGUUUUAAAACUUGUGCAUAUGUUUGCAUUUCUUUUACUUUUCUGUAACCAGCUUGUUAUGUGUUGCAGAUUUCUGCCCAGGUUCCUGUUGAAAAUUAGAUCUGGAUCUCAAUGGGGUUUUUACCCGGAUAAAUAAAGGAACUAAAUAAAAUAAAAUACAUUUUUUAACCAUCA